AUGUCUUUUGACAUUCAAUGGGACACUAUAUGCAACGAUGAACAGCUGGCGCUGUCAUUGCGAGAGUUCUUGAACUCGAAGCUGUCGACUGUGGAGCUACCGCACUAUCUAGCCAACUUGCAGGUAAUCGACUUUAAGUUUGGUAAGACGGCGCCGGAGAUCACAAUCAGGGACAUUGACGUCCCAUUCAAUGAAUUUUAUACUUCGGCGAAUGAAGUAAAUGAUGAGAGAGAGGAAGAAGGAGGAAACCCAAAUAGGGAUUCAAACAACAAAGGCAACACCAACAACAGCUCGUUUUUCUCGGGGGAAGACUACAAAAGCCUGGAUACGAGUUUAGACAUACAGCUUUCUGUGGACGUCAACUGGGAUUCGGAGUUAUACAUUGAGAUAAUAUGCGAUCUCUUGGUGAACUAUCCUGCUCCGGAGUUCAUUCGACUGCCUGUGAGGCUGAAAAUCACAGACUUGAGAAUCCACUCCCUAAUGGUUGCCGCAUGCAUAUCAAAAAAGGUCUUUAUAUCAUUUCUUUGUGACAUUGAUUCCGAUGAUGGAGCUGGUCUUGAUGACGGGAGCUACAGUAACAGCAACAAUAACGAGUCCCGCCAAGACUCAAGAAAAUCCACCACCACCAAUACGACAUUCAGCAGACGCUCCAAAGGCAAAGAGAGAAUAGACAUUCUCCAGGAUAUGAAGAUUGAGGGAGAGAUCGGAAACGUUUCCGAAGGCGCCGAAUUGAACAUUGGCAAGAUCGAAAAGUUUUUGAUCACCGCCUUUCGGGGUCUGAUCAUUGACGAGCUUGCGUGGCCCAGUUGGAUCGAGUUAGACUUUAACGAG